AUGAUCCAUCAACAUACAUCAGAUGGUUUUCCCAAAACUCAUCUUUCUACAAAUGAAUUGAAUUCAGAAGAUGAAGGAAAACAAUUGAAUAAAAAAGAUAUUCAAAUAGAAUUAUUUGAAUCAGUUGUAAUAUUUCGUGGGAAUGUAAAUGAAUCUGUUGGGUCAUUAUUAAGGGGUGAAAUUCAAUUGACAUUGAAUAAACCAGAAAAGAUCAUCUCUAUUGAAUUACAAUUUUAUGGAGAAACAAGAACCUUUAGUCUAAGUUCAUUCGGAGCAGCCACGGAUGAUAAAAUUGAACUUAUUUCAAAGGAUAUAUCCUUUCUAAAUUAUUCAAAAUCUCGUUCAAUAUUUUGUAAAUUAUUUUCUAAAUUACCAAAUAAGCAAAAUUAUUCAACAUUUUCAUCAGGAAUUCAUAAAUUACCAUUUGAAUUUCAAUUGCCAGGAUCACUUCCGGAAUCAAUCAAAGCAAAAUUGGGAUCAAUACAAUAUAAAUUAAAAUGUAAGGUUAAUCAUAUUUCCAAAUUUCAUUCAAAAACCCUUUCAAAUUUUCGUCAAGUUGAAAUAAUAAGAUUACCAGAUUAUGUCAAUUAUUCGUACGGUAUAGAAAUAUCGAGAAUUCAUGAACAAAUUGUCGAGUAUCAAUUGUCAAUUCCAAAUAACUCUUUUCCACUUGGUGACACGGUUCCUAUUCAUAUAAAAUUGAUACCUCUAAUUAAGAAAUUUAAAUUACAUUCAAUACAAAUUCGAUUAGUACAAAAUGUUACUUAUAUAAAUAAUGGACGUAAAAAUGAAUACAUUCAAUAUUUAAAUCAUUCACAAUUUGACAAUGUAAAGGAACUUAAGGAAGACGAUUAUUGCGAAGAGAAUGAAAUUGGAAAUUCGAUUUAUGAAAAGGCUCUCAUGUUUGAAUUACCUAAAUGUAAUAAUAAUAUGAUAUAUUGUAGUUUGGAUACUCCAUUAAUUGAGAUUAAACAUGAAUUAGAAUUUAAUAUUAUUAAUUUACCAAAUUAUGAGGACACAAGUUUUUAUUGUCCUUGCCAUCCUGAAUAUCAAAGGAUCGCUCGACGCGUGCUUGGAGAUUCUGAUGAUGAUGAAGAACAUAAUAAUUGCACGUGUAAUUAUACAACAGUUGAAAAUUGUUUUCAUGUUAAUAAUCCACCAAGAUAUAGUUAUCUUUAUUAA